AUGCUGCCCAGUUCCCAGAGAGAGGCUGCCAUCAGCUCCUGCAACAAGACCGUCGAGCUGUCUGACCGUAAUGCAUGCGAUGUAGAGCUGCUCACCGUAGGGGCCUUCUCCCCGCUGAGGGGCUUCAUGACGGAGGAGGAGUACACCUCCGUGGUUGAAAACAUGACGCUCCCCGAUGGCACCCUGUUUGGGCUGCCGGUGGUCAUGGACACCAGCGAAGAGGGCAUCAUCGUCGGCGACAAGCUGCUCCUGACCUACAAGGGAGAGUCCCUGGCCACCUUCACGGUCAGCUCCAAGUGGCGCCCCAACAAGGCGCUGGAGGCGCGGCAGUGCUAUGGCACCACCGCCCUGGACCACCCCGCGGUGUCCAUGAUCGCGGGGGAGCGCGGGCGCUACUACCUGGGCGGCGGCGUGGAGGGGCUGGGCCUGCCCACCCGCGAGUUCCCCUGCGCGACGCCCGCGGAGGUGCGGAGCACGCUGCCCGGCGGCGUGGACGUGCUGGCCUUCCAGUGUCGCAACCCCAUCCACCGCGCGCACUACGAGCUCUUCAUCCGUGCGCUGGAUGCGGACAACGUCUCCCCCGGCGCGGUGUGCCUGGUGCACCCCACCUGCGGGCCCACCCAGGACGACGACAUCCCCGGCAUCGUGCGGUACCGCACCUAUGAGGUACUGGCCGCGGAGGUGGCCAACCCCGCGCUGCGCUGGGCCUACCUGCCAUACUCCAUGCACAUGGCGGGGCCGCGGGAGGCCAUCCAGCACAUGAUCAUCCGCAAGAACUAUGGGUGCACCCACUUCAUCAUCGGCCGCGAUAUGGCCGGCUGCAAGUCCAGCCUCACGGGGGAGGACUUUUACGGUCCUUACGAUGCCCAGGAGUUUGCGACGAAGCAUGCGCCCGCCCUGGGCAUGCAGACCGUCCCAUCCCUGAACAUCACGUACACCGAGGAGGCGGGCUUUGUAACGGCCGAUGUUGCAGAGAGCCAGGGGCUGCACAAGCUCAACCUGUCAGGCACCAAGUUCCGCAAGAUGCUGCGCAGCGGCGAAGACAUCCCCGAGUGGUUCAGCUUUGCGUCUGUCAUCCAGGUGCUGAGGGAGGCCCAGCAGCAGCAAAACGGCGCAGCGCAGUGA